AUGUCUCUCAAACGCAAGGCAGCUGACAUUGCUGCUGCUGAAGCAAAAAAGCCAAAGGCCAACAGCUCCAUCACCAGUUUCUUUGGCCCUCCCAAGUCCAACCCGUCAACGUCAUCCACCAAUCCGUCCAAAGGUCCAACUGACCCUGCCCCUGCACUCAGGUUCGACAAGGAAAAAUGGAUUGCCGGCCUGAGCAAUGAACAAAAGACUCUUCUCAAACUUGAGAUUGAAACGUUACACGAAAGCUGGCUUGCUGUACUCAAGGAUGAAAUCACGUCCAAGUCGUUCCUUGACCUCAAGAAGUUCCUCAAGAGCGAAGCCGAGUCUGGCAAGAAGAUCUUCCCUCCCUCAGAAGACGUCUACAGCUGGUCGCGACACACGCCGCUUAGUACCGUCAAGGCUGUCAUCCUCGGUCAGGAUCCCUACCAUAACCUCAAUCAGGCCCAUGGCCUUUGCUUCUCUGUUAGACCUCCGACUCCCGCUCCUCCAUCGCUCCAGAACAUAUACAAAGCAUUGAAAAAGGAAUACCCGUCUUUCGAGCCUCCACCCAACAAAGGAGGCUUGCUCACACCAUGGGCCGAUCGUGGUGUCCUGCUGCUGAACACCUGCCUCACUGUCCGCGCCCACGAGGCCAAUUCACACGCUGGCAAGGGCUGGGAGAAGUUCACACAAAAAGUCAUUGAUAUCGUCUGUCAGAAGCGUACUCACGGUGUUGUCUUCCUGGCUUGGGGAUCUCCUGCACAGAAGCGCUGUGCAGGUAUCAACGGAUCAAAGCAUUAUGUUCUCAAGAGCGUUCAUCCUAGCCCUCUGAGUGCACACAAAGGUUUCUUCGACUGUGGCCACUUUACCAAGGCGAAUGAAUGGCUCAAGGAGAGAUAUGGUGAGGAUGGUGUGAUUGACUGGAACCUCAAUGUCGCUCCUGAAGACGCUGGCGUCUAA